UUGUAAAUAUUUUCACUUUUAUUUUAUAAAAAAUAUAAAUUUGUAAAAACAAAACUCGUAAUAUUCUAUAUUUUCUGCUUAUUUAAAUUUUUAAUCCAACCAAACAAAUUCUUCACAAUUCCAGUCUCUUGUUUUUCCUCAUUCUCAUCUUCACUUUCCUCAUCAGCAUUCUUUUCUAACCUAGCUAUCGGUUCUCUCUGCCUCCCAAGUGUUGGAAAUAACCUGUGCCUCAAUGCCAAAUUAUUAUAUCUAUCCAAGUUACGAUCUUUUAGUACACCAGAAAGUUUUGUGGUCUGUUGUUCUCGAGAAACCUCUGCCUCUUGUUUCUUUAUUCUGUUAGUGAAAAAAUUCGAUGCAAAUGGUGACUUCAGAUUGGUGUUUGUGGUUCUUAGUUCUUGAGCAGGCAUUCUGGAACGCAGUUUCUUCAGAAGGUUGGAGAGAUACGUAGGUUUCUCGGUAGUUUCUAUGGUAUCUAGAGGGCUUCUACUGAUAACAUCUGGAAGAUUGAGUCUUCUGAAUGGGUUAUUAUAUUGAAGACUUUGAUCACUCUUUGUGUCCUUUUGGUCAUUUUCAUCGGCAUUUUUGAUGAGUAGAACAUCAGAAUGUGAAAAUUUCAUUGCUUGGUUUUCAUUUUUGCUCAUACGGCUGUGAUCCUGAGCCAUUUUUGAUAACCCCACAUCUGGUUCCAUAGAGUGGCUACUGGAUAAUUUGUCAUGUAUCUUUUUUAUAACAUUUCUUUCAGUAUCCAGUUUUUCACUAGAUAUAUUUUUUGUUAGCUGGGUAUGCUUUAAGUCUACGUUUCCAGUGUUCGAUGGAAACUCAUUUGAAACUUCGGUGUUGAUGGUCUCUUCAGUAUGAGCGUAUGAUUUCACGGGUAUUAUGAUAGGAUCAUCAAUUUCAAUCUCUAUUCUAUGCUCUCCACUAUGACUUUCUUCAGGUUCCUCGAUCUCCCAUUCUACUGUAUAUCUAUCCUUCACGUCCCUCAAACUUCGGUGAGUUGGUGUAUUCUUCUUCACAGAACCAUCAUCAGUCGUCUUCUCCAUAUCAACAACAGGCCGAUCGAUAGCUAGAACGUUGCUGGAGCUCUCGCCAACCACCAGAUCCUUUUUCAACUCUCUUUUUUCUACAGUUUGGGUUUUGGUACAGUUGGAGUUAUUCUUACAAGCACACAGCUUGUCAAUGUCAACGGACAAGUGGACCUCACCACCUUCUUUCUUCACCAUCUGUAGAGGAAGCUUCAUACCUGUACCGACGAAGUAGAUAUCUCUAGGCGUUUCUCCAGAGAUCGCGAUGCUGGUUUGAUGUCUUGAAGCCAGAGUUGGCGAAGACGCAUCUUCUGGUUCUUUGAUGGGAUGCAUAUUUUCCACUCUGUCACUGCUGGAGAAAGACAUUGUUGGAGCGUCUUCCACCAUAUCUUCAUCAACACCAAGGUGACUCGCUACUUGAUCUCUUGACGUCAUCAUGUUGUUAAUAGAUACUGGUAGCUCCCUGUCAAUAUCAAACUGGAUUGGUUUCGCGGCUCCAAGUCGAUCAUCGUCUACACUUGCAAAUCCUGAAGGUAGUUGCACCAAACCUUCACUUGAUGUGCUUGUGGUGCUUUCACUUAUCACAGGCAAAGUUGCUGGAUCGGGCUUCGGCGUCAAUACAGUGGACUUUUGUUGUACUUUUUUGUUCUUGCCAAAGAUUAAAGGAGGAUACAUCGUCGAAGAAGGUAUAGAAGUUUCAGUGCUAUCAAGAGGUAAUUGGACCAAACCAUCACUUGGGGUUGUUGUGGCGUUUUCAUUUUUAACAGGUAAGGCUGCUGGAUCAGGUUUUGGAGUUAAGAUAGUGAACUUUUGUUCUACUUUUUUGCUCUUGCCAAAGACUAUGGGAGGAUACAUUGUCGAAGAAGGUACAGAAGGUUCAGAGCUAUUAAGUAAGGCUGCUGGAUCAGGUUUUGGAGUUACGAUAGUGAACUUUUGUUCUACUUUUUUGCUCUUGCCAAAUACCACGGGAGGAUACAUCGUCGAAGAAGGUAUAGACGGUUCAGACCUAUGA